AUGGGAAUCCUGGAUGCAAUGUUCUGUUACGUGUGGAAGAGGUAUUCAAAGCGAAUCAGAACAUGUUCAGGAUAUGCAUGCAUGGGAAGAAGACAGGAAAUUAAAACUUGUGACGAACAAAAUUGUCCAGCAGAUCCAAUAUGGAAUGCUUGGGAGUCAUGGUCGCAAUGUUCAGUAACUUGUGAUAGUGGAGUCAUGACACGAAUUAGACUUUGUGAUAGAAGCAAUUCACUAACUAACUGUGCGGGGAAAAGUACGGAAGAAAUAUUUUGUGAACUAACAGAGUGCAAACAAGAACCAAAAGGGAAUGCAUGGGCACCAUGGUCACAGUGUUCAAAAACCUGUGGUAGCGGAUAUUCGACGCGCGAUAGAUCGUGUGAAAAGACGGGUAGUCGGUCAAGUUGUGUUGGGUCUAGCACAGACGUGAGACGUUGUAAGUUGACGAAUUGCGUACCAGAAUCAAAUUGGAAUAAAUGGGAAUCCUGGAUGCAAUGUUCUGUUACGUGUGGAAGAGGUAUUCAAAAGCGAAUCAGAACAUGUUCAGGAUAUGCAUGCAUGGGAAGAAGACAGGAAAUUAAAACUUGUGACGAACAAAAUUGUCCAGCAGAUCCAAUAUGGAAUGCUUGGGAGUCAUGGUCGCAAUGUUCAGUAACUUGUGAUAGUGGAGUCAUGACACGAAUUAGACUUUGUGAUAGAAGCAAUUCACUAACUAACUGUGCGGGGAAAAGUACGGAAGAAAUAUUUUGUGAACUAACAGAGUGCAAACAAGAAUCGUGGAGUGAAUGGAGCACAUGGACAAGAUGUUAUUCUGCUAAAUGUGGAACCUUUGGAUGGAGAGUUAGAAGGAGAAAAUGCAAUGCUGGCACUGUUAUAUCAGACCGAUGUAAAGGGGAGCGAACGGAUUUUGAAAAAUGUUCUAAAGAAUGUGACACAAGAGAAUGGAGUACAUGGGAAAACUGGAAUAAGUGCUCAGUUUCUUGUGGUGGCGGAAUUCGUUCGCGAAUUAGAUCGUGUGAAACGCCAGGCAAUUGCGUCGGACCCAACAAAGAUAAGCAAGAAUGUAACAAAGAAAGUUGCGAAUCAGACCCACAAUGGAGUGACUGGGGUGAAUGGUCUGAAUGUUCUUUAUCUUGUGGAAGUGGAGAUAGAGUAAGAGAGCGAACUUGCAUUGGAGGCGAAUCUAGUACAUGUGAAGGUGUUUCUACUGAACUCAAUGAAGUGCAACGUCCAGAAUGCAAGUCAGAAGAAUGGAGUACAUGGGUGAAACUGGGUCAACAUGCUCAGUUUCUUGUGGUGGCGGAAGUCGUUCGCGAUUUAGAUCGUGUGAAACUCCAGGCAAAUGCGUCGGACCAAAGCAAUGAUAAGCAAGAAUGUAACAAGAAAGUUGCGAAACCAGACUCACAAUGGAGUGACUGGGGUGAAUGGUCUGAAUGUUCUUUAUCUUGUGGAAGUGGAGAUAGAGUAAGAGAGCGAACUUGCAUUGGUUGA